CUGAGUUUAGACUACGUAUCGGACAGUCCACACAAUGAAGGCCUUAAUCAGGAGAGAAUUCAUGUCAAGAAUGAAGGCCUUAAUCAGGAGAGAAUUCCAGACCAGUGCAACGAAAUUAAAGCUCGAAAGAGAAUUCCAGACAUUACCAACGAACUCAAAGCUCGAACAAAGGAGAAACAGUGGACAGUGGGACUCUCCAAUAUAGACUGGAUUGCCCCGUUGAUGAGUUUAGACUACGUACCGAACACGAUUGCCUAUCAAAACACCUUCACAGAUUGGGAGUAUACACUCAACUCACAUGUACACCUUCACAGAUUGGGAGUAUACACUCAACCCACAUGGACCUUCGAUUGGGAGUAUACACUCAACCCACAUGCCCCCUAUGUAGCCUGGGAGUAUACACUCAACCCACAUGCCCUCUAUGUAACCUAA